AUGGAGUCAUACAUAUCGGUGUUAAUCCUAUUCCUGAUAAAUCUACUCAAUUAUAUGGACAGGUUUACCAUCGCUGGUGUGCUCACGAAGAUCGAGCACUACUAUGGCCUCAAUCACAGCCAAUCGGGUCUCCUUCAGACCGCAUUCAUCGCCUGUUAUAUGAUAUUUGCGCCCGUAUUUGGGUAUUUGGGCGACAGAUAUAACCGCAAACUCAUUAUGAUAUUCGGUAUAGUCUUCUGGAGUUUGACCACAUUUUUUGGCUCAUUUGUGCCCAAAGAGUAUCCGAUCCUAUUCUUCGUGAUGCGAGCGCUGGUGGGUGUGGGAGAGGCCAGCUAUUCCACAAUAGCGCCCACUAUUAUCGCCGAUCUGUUCCCGCCGGGGAUCCGCUCGCGAAUGCUCGGCGUCUUCUACUUCGCCAUUCCUGUGGGCUCUGGUAUGGGAUAUAUCGUGGGCUCAGCCGUCGCCGAGUAUACCUCCAACUGGAAGAACGCCCUCCGAGUGACGCCAGGGCUGGGCAUUGUCUGCACGGCUUUGAUCUACUUCUUAGUCCGCGAACCCCAGAGAGGAGAGUCUGACGGCAUGACCGAAGAGCCGCGCGAAAAGACAGCCGUUAUGGAGGAUAUCAGAUAUUUGCUGACCGUUCGGACGUAUAUCUGGACAACUAUUGGUUUUACGUGUGUUUGUUUCGCUGUGGGGGCGCUCUCGUGGUGGGCGCCCACGUAUAUGAAGUACGCUUACGAUGUCUCUAAUAAUCCUAAGACUGACGACUGGUUUGUUUUUAUUUAUUUGGUUUUUAUUGAUAUUUUUACUAAUUAUUUGAUAUUCUUAAGGAUUGGACUCAUAUUUGGUAUCAUCGCAUGUGUUGGAGGAAUAAUCGGUGUAUUUAUGGGAAUGUCUGGUUCGCAAUACUACAGACAGCGUAAUCCUCGCGCCGACCCAUUGGUCUGCGCUGUCGGUGUCCUCACAUCCGUUCCCUUCUGUUUCCUAACCCUUGUAUUGGCCGCCAAAUCGCCCGCAUUUUCGUGGUUUUUUGUAUUUAUUGCCAUAACAUUAUUGUCGACCAAUUGGUCAGUUGUGGCCGAUAUUCUACUAUACGUUAUAACACCGAAUAGACGCUCUUUCGCCCAGUCUUUGCAAAUAUUAAUGUCUCAUCUGUUUGGCGACGCCAGCAGUCCUUUUGUGAUCGGAAUUAUAUCAGACAGUCUUAACGGCGGUGUGAAUACAGCGGCCGCUAAGUUCUCGGGCCUUCAAUACGCGCUGUAUGUGACGCCAUUCGUGAUAGUGUUGGGUGGGUUCGCCUUCCUCUACACCUCGCUCUUCAUUGUGGCGGAUAAAGAGAAGUGCAAAUCAGACACUCACCCAUACUAA